AUGAUUAUCCCAAGUCGCUCCAUGGACAUGCGCCACCUCUCAAAGUAUACUGUAUCUGCAGCCUUCAUAGUGAUUACACUCCUGGUAUAUCUUCAGGGCUCACCAAAUCUUUAUGCGCACCACACAAGACCUGAUUCCUCCUUCCAUACGACUGCAAAAUCGCAUUACCAUGAGCACUACCACCAUAACGACUCCGCAGAAACCGUGGGGAAGGAGCCAUCAAACGAAUUUCCUGACCUUAAGAACUUCAAUGAAAGUAGAUUGGAGUCCAGGCCUUAUAAGCCUUAUCCAGCCUACAACAGUGCUGAAUGGCGCAAGAGGUGGCAAGGCUCUCAUCGCGCUUGCGUUGGACCGAGAGGUGUGGAAGUUAAUGAGAAUCCUGCUGAUAUGCCCAAAGCAUACCGCAUACAGGAACCUCUGACUCUCCCGGAGCCAGUCUUCGGGUCGUACCAUGAAAGCGGGCUUGACGCUGACCACUGCUUUGACCGAUACAGCCGCCUCGAGAGCUACGGCUUCCACGGAAAGAAAAAGAGAACGAACGCGUCAAUGAGUGUGGAUUGGUCGAAAGUCGACUGGGGGAGUCUUCAGCAUAAAUGUUUGCUUCGCAACGAAGACCGCUUCUGCCACAUCCCCAGUCCAGAUGCCACCUUGACGCGCCUUCGCGCGCCGCAAUCCGCCAACGAGCUCGGCGCCCACCAAGCCCACAACAAGCACCAACAACACCCCGCAGCCGCCCAGAAAGACAAAAAGUGCAAGAAGCGCACCGCCGUCGUCCUGCGCGCCUACCAAGAAAUGACCUACACCAAAGACCUCAGCAUGCAACUCCGCGCCCUCAUCUCCGAGCUCUCCCUGCACUCGGGCGGCGAAUACACCGUCUUCCUGCUCAUCGAGAUCCGGCACGCGCCCAAACUCCUCACCUCGCCGACAAUAUACAAAUUCGCGCUACACGCCUUCGUGCCGCGGGAGUUCCACAACAUAACGCUGCUGUGGAGCGUCCCCUCCUUCACGCUCCCCUGGUACCCGGGCACAAACCAAGCUUUGAAUCAAAUGCUGCAUAUGGACCAGCCCUUGCAGCUCUUCGCGCACCUGCAUCCGCAAUUCGACCAUUUCUGGAUGAUGGAGCUCGAUGUGCGGUAUACGGGGCAUUGGUACGAUUUGUUCGCGAACGCGGACGCGUGGGCGCGGAAGCAGGCGAGGAGGUUGCUGUGGGAGCGCAAUGCGAGGUUUUAUAUGCCGCAUUUGCACCGCUCGUACAAGGAGUUUGGCGAGCUUGUCGCGAAUCAGACGGUCGAUGGAGGGGUGUGGGGCGCGCCUGCUUCCACUACCUCGAGCUUGGAUCCAGAAGGCCCGACGCCGCCUUAUCCCCAUCCUGAUAAUGAUACGGAUUAUGAAUGGGGCGUAGACGAAGAUGCGGGUUUCAUCUCCUUCGCGCCUAUUUUGCCGGGGCCUAAAGAUCCCACGAAUCCGGAUUGGGGGAUUCAGAAGGGGUUCGCUACCCCAAAUUCUAAUGAUUCUGCUCCGAGGACUUACUACCUCGAUGCUACGCCCGCCGUGCGUUUUUCCCGCGAAAUGCUGGGGAUUAUGCACGCCACUACGCGCGACUAUGGGGUGGAUAUCCUGCCUGAGAUAGGGCCGGCCACAUUCGCGUAUCUGCAUGGGCUGAAGGCCGUGAGUUUUCCAUUGCCGACGUUCUAUGAUCCUGUGGGUGAGGGUCAGCCAAGGACGUUGGAGGAGAUAGAGAGGGGUUUUAAUGCGCAGGGCGUAAGGAACACGCCGUGGCGGUGGGGGAGGGGAGAUCGGUGGAACGCCGUAUUUGCAAGAUUGACGUAUGCGUGGGUGAUAAGUAGGUGGGAGCAGUUCGGGACGGGGAUUUAUCGGUGGUGGAUCCAUGGGAGUGAGGUGGGGACAUUAGGAGAGAAGGGUAGGAAGGAGGGGAGGGGGAGGUUGUGUUUACCGGGCGUGUUGAUCCAUCCGGUUAAGGAGGGGGAUGUGAGCGGUGUGUAG